AUGGUGGGACUUGGACAGGUCAUGUUUUUAAUGGGUGACUUUAAAGGUGAUUGCCACCAGAGGGCGAGUAUUCCCUUCGCUGUGAUCGGCUCCAACCAGCUGAUCGAGGUGAAGGGAAAGAAGAUUUGUUGUCGUCUUUACCCCUGGGGAGUUGUUGAGGUGGGGAACCCCGAGCACAACGACUUCCUCAAACUACGCACCAUGCUUGUGACCCACAUGCAAGACCUACAGGAAGUAACUCAGGAUCUGCACUAUGAGAACCUCCGCUCAGAGAGGCUGAAGAGAGCAGGCAGGGCUGCGGAUGAAGAGGUGUUCAACAAAGACCAGAUUCUGCUGCAGAAAGAGUUAGAGGUAAAAAUUAUACAAUCUUCUUUUAGUCUACACUGCAUCCCCACACAUUCAAAGAGAAUGUCUCCCAAACUCUCCAGACUGCAAAACACCUCUACUCCCUGGGAACGAUGGGAAGGCUCCUAA